AUGGCGAGUAGAGGUGGACAGGGGACGACAAGGACUGCGCCAGCCGGAGGAAACAGGACAUGCCAGUUUAAGCUUGUUUUGCUCGGUGAAAGUGCUGUAGGCAAAUCUUCACUAGUACUUCGAUUUGUGAAGGGCCAAUUUCACGAGUACCAAGAGUCUACGAUUGGAGCCGCUUUCUUGACGCAAACUGUUGUUCUGGAUGAUGCGACCGUCAAAUUCGAGAUCUGGGAUACGGCUGGGCAAGAGCGGUAUCACUCUUUGGCUCCUAUGUACUACCGCGGCGCCCAGGCCGCUAUAGUGGUCUACGACAUUACGAACGCGGACUCCUUCCAAAAGGCCAAAAAUUGGGUGAAGGAACUGCAGCGCCAGGCCUCCCCAAACAUUGUGAUGGCUCUUGCCGGUAAUAAAGCCGACGUUGCAAACCGUCGUGCGGUUGAAUACGAGGAAGCCCAGGCAUAUGCUGAAGACAACUCCCUAUUGUUCAUGGAAACCUCUGCCAAAUCUUCGAUGAAUGUUAACGACAUCUUUAUGGCAAUUGCACGCAAGCUGCCUACCGGACCACCCCCUGCACCAUUCGGCCACGAACCUGCUUGCCGCCCCGUGGCACUGAGAGGAUUGUCGGAAGACGGAAAGAAACCAGCAAUCCGAAACAUGAUCGACUUCACCCAAAUCCUGCCCGCCAAGCCUCCCUUCACAGCCCCAGAGCCAGAAUUUGUCGAAGACGUCACGGAUCAGCAACAAUAUACGGGCGCUGAGCGGCAGCGAUAUCUAAAGCUGCACGCCAAAAACUUGAAGCGAUUGGAAUACGAGAAGACGGCCCGCGUCUCGCUGCCAAUGGAAGCGCUUCGACUAUAUUUCAACCCGCGAAAAUACAUAAUGAUGGCGCCGCGGAAGUCGGACGAGCUGAAGUGGCAGGGCGUGCUGGAAGGGCAACCGGACACACCCUACGAGGGUGGCUAUUUCUGGUUUCAAGUCCAGUUCUCCGGUCUUUACCUCCGUGAGGCGCCACAGAUAACAUUCUUAACCCGAGUCUGGCAUCCCUAUGUCUCAGCCAAGGGCUCGCUUCUGCUACCCAAAGAACAGCUCGACAAAUACCCGGAAACCGCCAUCGACGGGCUGCUCGACUGGAUGGUGGAGCUUCUGUUAACGAUACCUCCAGAUCCUCCCGGCCCGUAUUCUUCAAUUACCACUCAAUUCCCCGCCGAGCGUGAAGACCCAAAUGACGACGACCCAGAGGCCAUCGCCCGCGAUCGGGCUCGUAUGGCCCGGGAGUGGACCAAGAAGUUCGCGCUGGGCGGUGGA